AAUAUAAAACAGUGGGACGAUGAUCAAUACGACAGCGAAGACGAAAUUCCAUUGCUUACAUUGAUUAGAUCAAAUAGUUCUCACGAUGAUACACAUCGAGAGGUACCAUCGUUAUUGUCCAAGGUGGGUGGUGUUAACGUCAGCAGUGAAGACAUCGAAAAUUGGAACGACGAUCAAAAUACGGAAGAUGAUGAAGAUUUCGAAGUGUCUAACAAUGAAGAUGAAGAACCAGUUGUCGAGGAAGAUAUGCAACAACAGAAAGUCAGUUUUUCCGAAGCAGUUGAAUGCAUCAAUACCUUGAUAAAGUGGUAUGAAAACAAUAAUGAUGCAAAUCAGAUAUCACAUCUUAUUAAUAUGCGUACGAAAAUUGUCAGGAGCUAUUACACAAAAGAAAAGAAACAAACAAGUCUCGACCGCUUCUUUAAACCAGCCCUUAUAUGUAUAAUGUGAAAAAGUACAAACUAAAUCUAAGUUUAUGUUGAACGUAUUAUAUCACCAAAAUUAUGUUUA